AUGAAUCAGCAACUGCCAUAGCAAUUUACAAAAAGACUAACUACUAGUUCUGGGAUCCCAAUUGACAACAAUCAGCAUGUUUUAACUGCAGGAGCAAGAGGUCCUAUCCUUCUCCAGGAUACUAAUUUUAUCAAUAAAAUUCAAAAAUUCGAUAGGGAAAGAAUCCCUGAGCGAGCUGCUCAUGCAUAAGGCCAGGGUGCCCAUGGAUAUUUCGAAGUUACUCAUGAUGUUACUAAAUAUACAAAGGCCAAAUUCUUAUAGAAUAUAGGCAAGAGAACUCCACUGUUCUGUAGGAUGUCCACAACUAUUGGAUCUCGUGGCUCAUCCGACUUGCUAAGAGACAUCAGAGGAUUCGCUCUCAAAUUUUAUACUGAAGACGGAAACUAUGAUUUAGUUGGUGUAAACUUUCCAGUAUUUUUCUUUAGAGACCCAAUGCAGGCACCUGAUUUCUUCCAUGCCAUGAAGCAACAUCCUGUUAAAAAUGCAUUUGAUCCCAAUACUAUGUUUGAUUUCUUUAGUCAAGUUCCAGAAAGCAUUCAUGCUUUGACCAUUAUGUAUACUGACAGAGGUACUCCUGUUGGCUACAGACAUAUGCAUGGUUACAGUGCUAAUACAUUUAAGUGGGUAAAUGAAUAAGGACAAUCUUUCUUUGUGAAAUAUACUCUCAAAACUGACUAAGGAAUUAAAAACUUCUCAAAUUAGGAAGCACUAACUACUGCAGGAAUUCAGCCCUACUUCUCUAGUCUUGACUUGCAUGAAAGCAUACAAAAAGGAGACUUCCCAUCAUGGAAAAUGUUUGUUCAAUUGAUUCCUGAAGCAGAGGGUGAGUUAUACAAGUGGGACAUUUAUGACGUCACUAAAGUUUGGCCUCACGGGGAAUAUCCUCUUAUUCCUGUGGGAAGAAUGGUAUUGAACAAAACUACUCAAAACUACUUCGCUGAAGUUGAUUAAGUAGCAUUUAACCCAGCUAAUUUAGUUCCAGGCAUUGAGCCUUCAAAUGAUAGACUUUUGCAAGGAAGAUUGUUCCUAUAUUAAGACACUCAAUUGCACAGACUUGGGCCGAAUCAUGAUUAGAUUCCAAUUAAUUGUCCAUUUGCUGUAAAUAAUUUCUAGUAAGAUGGGCUAAUGAAUGUUCUUAGCAAUCAGUAAAAAACUGUGACAUAUGAUAAUAACACCACAAUGGAAGAAAAGCCUAAGACAGACCCAACAGCUGCAAUCAAACCUUUUGGACUGACAGGAUUAACAGGAAGAUAUUCCUAUCCUCAUUCAAAUGAUGACUUCGAAUAGGUAAGAACCUUCUACAAGAAGGUGCUGACCAGUCAAGAGAGAGACGCAUUAAUUGAAAACAUCUGCUUCUCAUUAGGCAAAUGCACUCCACAAAUCUAAUAGAAUAUGCUCAAAGUAUUCUUCAUGGUUGAUGAAGACUAUGGCAGCAGAGUUUAGAAAGGACUUUCUCAAUCAUCAAUCUCAUCUAUGGUCGGCUAAUUUGCCAAGAAAGUAGGCCUCUCGUCAGACAAGUCUUAGCUUAUCGGAGAAUCAUGUAAUAGGGAAUAGAUCAUGACAUGA